CAUCUCUAAUUGAAGCAAAACAAAUUACCGCGUUUAGCCGGUGCUUCUCCCAUAUUUUAAUUUUUGGGAGUAACUUGAAUAAGAAUAAUGAAGCUCAGUGUAGAUGGUUUGCUUGUGUACUUUCCGUACGAGUAUAUCUAUCCUGAACAAUAUGCUUAUAUGCUGGAAUUGAAACGAAGUCUGGACGCCAAGGGACAUUGUCUACUUGAGAUGCCUUCAGGAACUGGCAAAACAGCCACCCUGCUCUCUUUGAUUGUCGCCUAUAUGAUUGAGCAUCCGGAGACAAUUAGAAAAUUGAUUUAUUGCUCCCGCACAGUGCCCGAAAUUGAAAAGGUUAUAGCCGAGUUACAGAAUCUUAUGGUGUACUAUGAGCGACACUCCGAUAAUCCACCUGCCAUGACCGGUCUUGUACUGAGUUCCCGCAAAAACAUGUGCAUACAUCCUGAGGUUAGCAAGGAGCGUGAGGGAAAGGCUGUGGAUGGCAAAUGUUAUGGUCUGACAGCUAGUUAUGUACGCGAUAGGCAUGAAAUGGAUGCCGAAACACCAAUUUGCCAAUACUUUGAAGGCUUCAGUUUGGAAGGCAAAGAAGCUGCUCUGCCAGUGGGCAUUUACAGUAUUGAUGAUAUGAAGGAAUUCGGUAGAUCACGAAAUUGGUGUCCCUAUUUUAUGGCUCGACAUGCAAUUGCACACGCACAUAUUGUGGUAUAUAGUUACCACUAUCUAUUGGAUCCAAAGAUAGCCCAGGUGGUGUCAAAGGAAAUGAGCCGCGAAUCUUGUGUUGUAUUUGAUGAGGCUCACAAUAUAGACAAUGUAUGUAUCGACUCUAUGAGUGUUAAAAUUAAUAGGCGCACUGUGGAGCGAAGUACAAAUGCUCUAAAUCAGUUGACUAAAUUAGUUCAAGAGAUACGCGAAGAAGACACAAAUCGCCUUAACGAAGAGUAUCAGAGAAUGGUUCAGGGUCUUAAAGAUGCCACUGUACAGCGGGAUACGGAUAUGAUAUUAGCCAAUCCAGUACUACCCAAUGAUGUGCUCACUGAAGUUGUUCCAGGCAACAUACGAAAUGCUGAUCAUUUUCUCAGUUUCCUGCGACGUUUUAUUGAAUAUAUUAAAACACGUUUACGUGUCCAUCAUGUAGUGCAAGAGUCAUCGGCAGGUUUUCUCAAGGAUAUAUCUUCAAAAAUAUGCAUAGAACGCAAACCAUUGCGUUUCUGUGCGGAACGUUUGUCCAGCUUGUUGCGUACUCUAGAAAUUACAGAUCUAACUGAAUUUGGUGCCCUAACUCUGAUAACACAUUUUGCCACACUAGUUUCAACGUAUACGAAAGGGUUCACCAUUAUAAUCGAGCCCUUUGAUGACAAAACUCCAACUGUAUCCAAUCCGAUAUUGUAUUUCAGUUGCAUGGAUUCAUCCAUAGCGAUGGCUCCUGUAUUUUCACGUUUCCAAACAGUGGUCAUAACAUCGGGCACACUAUCACCAAUGGAUAUGUAUCCAAAGAUCUUGGACUUCGAUCCGGUGGUAAUGAGUAGCUUUACGAUGACUUUGGCACGUCCUUGUUUGCUGCCCAUGAUUGUAUCAAAGGGUAAUGACCAGGUGGCCAUUUCAUCGAAAUUCGAGACACGUGAGGAUACUGCCGUUAUUCGAAAUUAUGGACAGUUGCUGGUGGAAGUGGCGAAAACCGUGCCCGAUGGUGUUGUUUGCUUUUUCACCUCCUACCUGUAUCUAGAGUCAGUGGUGGCCUCUUGGUAUGACCAGGGAAUCGUUGACACUCUGUUGAGAUAUAAGCUGCUUUUCAUUGAGACACAGGACAAUGCCGAGACCAGCUAUGCUCUGAUGAACUAUGUUAAGGCCUGCGAUUGUGGUCGCGGUGCAGUACUGUUGGCUGUGGCGCGUGGCAAGGUCUCCGAAGGUGUGGAUUUCGAUCAUCAUUAUGGUCGCGCGGUGCUCAUGUUCGGCAUCCCCUAUGUCUAUACGCAGUCGCGCAUUCUCAAGGCCCGCCUAGACUAUCUGCGUGAUCAGUUUCAGAUACGUGAAAAUGAUUUUCUUACUUUCGAUGCCAUGCGUCAUGCUGCCCAAUGUGUUGGACGGGCGUUGCGAGGCAAAACGGAUUAUGGCAUUAUGAUAUUUGCGGAUAAGCGCUUUUCGCGCCAGGACAAGCGUUCCCGUUUGCCCAAAUGGAUACAAGAGCAUUUGGUUGAUAGUUUCUGUAAUCUAAGCACUGAGGAGGCUGUGCAAUUGGCCAGGCGCUGGUUGCGACGUAUGGCUCAGCCGUUUACACGUGAGGAUCAAUUGGGCAUUUCGUUGCUCACUUUGGCCCAGCUGGAGACGAUGGAGCACGAAAAACUGGAAAGACAGGCCCAGGGGAAAGAGGGCGUGGGUGGUGAAGUUCAGGAAUUGUAACGGGAUGAUGGGGGUGGGCAAAGGGGCAGCAAAGAGAGAGAGAGAGAGAAGGGGUUCUCCUUCCUUCCGGGCAUAAUAAAAUACACCAACAAAUGACAUUGAAUGCCAUUUGAACACAACAAAAUAACGUAAAAGUUAAAUGUCUAAUUAACGGUUAAUUAAUAUUAUUUAUAAUUUUGUUCGCCCGCCGUCAUGACUAACGACGCUUUUGCUGCUCAAGGCAGUGGAAGCGAAGGCGAAAGGGCGCAAGCGUAACCAGAAUUAUAUCUGUGGCUUUUGCAUCUGUAUUCGUAUUUCUCCCCCAACUACAGCAAACAAUCGACAUAAUGCAAUUAAAUGCAAUGGAAUUAUUUUUGCAAACAUUCAUGUAAAUCAUUUAUGUAAGGCGUUAUGUUAUGUAUACAAUUUAAAAUUUUUACAUUCGUGUUUGUGCAAUAGUCAAUCAUAUCAAGUUUAAGCUAACCGGAAGCUAAUCUCAAGACCCCAAAGUUUUAAUACUGUUGCCCCAAUCUCCUAAAGGCUAAAUGUUCCUGCUUAAAAGAUAUAUUAAGAUAUUUAUAUGCCAUUCCUCAAUAUACACACACAAGUAGGUUUUUACAGAUUAAAGAGAUAAGAGCUUAUAUCAGAUUUAAUGAUUCCCCAUGAAAUGAUUUGCAAAAACAUUCUUAAUCAACGUCAAGAUUUGAUUAGUAAAUAAGGAGGUCCAGAUAGAUUUCAGACCUUGAUUAUGGCAGAAAUUAUGAAACUUUCUUAAUGAGUUCCAAAAAGAAAAAAAGAAAACCCUUUCACAAUGAUUUAUUUGUUAGCACUUUGAUUAAUUACUGAUGAAUAAUUAAUUAGCAGUACACCAGAUCCGUUAUGAAUUUCUUUAUUUAAGUUUGUGAAAUGAGUUAAAUUUAGGUUCUUUAAUUAUAUUGAAAUUAUCAAAGUUAAUUUCAUUUAUUAACUGAUUAAUUAUCAACAAUAUUUUAGCACCUUUUUUAGGGAUUACUGUAAAAAAAAUGCCAUUUUGAGUUAUUGAAUCAAUUUGAGUUUUUUAAUCAAAUUAAAAUCAAGUUGAUAAACAAAUUGAUUAAACAUCAAUCAGCAUAUAAAUAUUUCUACUAUAUUUGGCAGCUUCGUUACAGUUAA